AUGCUCCGCUCCGGCGCACAGCGGCUGCGGGGCCUCCCGCUGCAGAGCCUCCCGCUGCGGGGCUCCCCCGGCCCCCCGCCCUCAGCCUGCGGCCGCCAAGGAGAGGAAAACGCACCCUUAUCUGCAGAAACAAGAUGGAAAGACAGAGCCGAAACUGUGAUCAUUGGAGGCGGCUGUGUUGGUGUGAGUCUGGCUUAUCAUCUCGCCAAAGCGGGGAUGAAAGAUGUGGUCCUCCUGGAAAAAUCCGAGCUCACGGCUGGAUCUACCUGGCAUGCAGCAGGUUUAACAACUUACUUUCAUCCUGGAAUAAACUUGAAGAAGAUACAUUAUGCUAGCAUCAAACUUUAUGAGAAAUUGGAAGAAGAAACUGGACAGGUGGUGGGAUUCCAUCAGCCAGGUAGUAUCAGAAUUGCCACAACUCCUGUAAGGGUUGAUGAAUUUAAAUAUCAGAUGACUCGGACUGGCUGGCAUGCAACAGAACAGUAUAUUAUUGGGCCUGAAAAAAUUCAAGAGAUGUUCCCUUUACUCAACAUGAAUAAGGUUUUAGCUGGACUGUAUAAUCCUGGAGAUGGUCACAUUGAUCCUUACUCUCUAACUAUGGCCCUAGCUGCUGGGGCUAGGAAAUAUGGUGCCCUUCUAAAAUAUCCCACCCCGGUGACUUCUCUGAAACCCAGGUCUGAUGGAACGUGGGAUGUUGAAACGCCACAGGGAUCUAUGAGAGCGAAUAGAGUUGUGAAUGCUGCAGGAUUUUGGGCUCGUGAAGUAGGUAAGAUGGUGGGACUAGAACAUCCUCUCAUUCCGGUCCAGCAUCAAUAUGUUGUUACAUCGACCAUACCAGAAGUGAAAGCUUUGAAACGAGAACUGCCGGUGCUCCGUGACCUGGAAGGCUCCUAUUAUCUCCGACAGGAAAGGGAUGGGCUUUUGUUUGGUCCAUACGAGAGUCAGGAGAAAAUGAAAGUGCAGGAUGCGUGGGUCACCAAUGGAGUCCCUCCAGGGUUUGGAAAGGAGCUCUUUGAGUCUGAUCUUGACCGAAUCAUGGAACACGUUGAAGCUGCCAUGGAAAUGGUUCCAGUCUUGAAAAAGGCUGACAUCAUCAAUAUCGUCAAUGGCCCUAUCACCUAUUCUCCUGACAUUCUGCCUAUGGUGGGGCCCCAUCAGGGGCUCAGAAACUACUGGGUGGCUAUAGGCUUUGGAUAUGGCAUAAUCCAUGCUGGUGGGAUGGGGAAAUAUCUCAGUGACUGGAUCCUGCAUGGAGAACCACCUUUUGAUCUGAUAGAAUUGGAUCCCAAUCGCUAUGGCAAAUGGACGACAACGCAGUACACUGAGGCCAAAGCAAGAGAGUCAUAUGGAUUCAACAAUAUUGUUGGUUAUCCUAAAGAAGAACGAUUUGCUGGGAGGCCAACUCAGCGAGUCAGCGGGCUUUAUAAAACCCUGGAGUCUAAGUGUUCCAUGGGUUUCCAUGCAGGCUGGGAGCAGCCACAUUGGUUCUACAAACCGGGUCAGGACACUCAGUACAGGCCCAGUUUUCGCCGCACAAACUGGUUUGAGCCUGUGGGGUUUGAGUAUAAACAGGUUAUGCAAAAAGUAGGGGUUAUUGACCUGUCACCAUUUGGCAAGUUUAACAUCAAAGGCCAAGACUCUGUUCGAUUGUUGGACCAUCUCUUUGCAAAUGUCAUCCCAAAGGUGGGUUUUACGAAUAUAAGUCAUAUGUUGACACCAAAAGGUCGAGUAUAUGCUGAGUUGACUGUUUCUCACCAAACUCCUGGGGAGUUUUUACUAAUAACUGGUUCUGGAUCUGAACUUCAUGAUCUUCGAUGGAUUGAAGAAGAGGCUGUCAACGGUGGAUAUGAUGUUGAAAUUAAAAACAUAACCGAUGAGCUUGGGGUCCUUGGUGUUGCAGGGCCCCAUGCAAGAAAGGUUCUUCAGAAACUGACUGCUGAAGAUCUUAGUGACGAUGUUUUCAAGUUUCUUCAAACCAAGUCUUUAAAGGUUUCAAACAUUCCUGUCACUGCUAUUAGGAUAUCUUAUACUGGUGAGCUGGGUUGGGAGCUGUACCACAGACGAGAAGACUCCGCAGCACUUUAUGACGUUAUCAUGAACGCAGGCCAGGAGGAGGGAAUCGAUAACUUCGGAACAUACGCCAUGAAUGCCUUAAGACUGGAGAAGGCUUUCAGAGCCUGGGGGUCAGAGAUGAACUGUGAUACAAAUCCCUUGGAGGCUGGACUGGAAUAUUUUGUAAAGUUAAACAAGCCAGCAGACUUCAUAGGAAAGCAAGCACUGAAACAGAUUAAAGCCAAGGGGCUGAAACGGAGACUGGUCUGCCUCACCUUGGCAACGGAUGAUGUUGAUCCGGAAGGAAAUGAAAGCAUCUGGUAUGAUGGCAAGGUGGUUGGCAACACGACAUCUGGAAGCUACAGUUACAGCAUCCAGAAGAGUCUGGCAUUUGCCUAUGUCCCUGUAGAGCUAAGUAAAGUAGGACAACAGGUGGAAGUUGAACUGUUGGGCAAAAAUUACCCAGCAAGCGUCAUACAGGAACCCUUGGUAUUGACAGAACCAACCAGAAACCGGCUUCAGAAGAAAGGUGGAAAGGACAAAAUUUGAAAAAGACCUUCGGCAGGCAACUGAAUUAUGUUAGCUCUAUGACUAUGCCAAACAUCAUAACUGAUUGUUGGGGGAAUACAAGAAACCAAGAGUUCAUUUCAAAAUCUUCACAAUCUAGAUUUGUGAUCUCAAUAAAAUCUUUCUCAAUUUUUUCCUCAGCAA